AUGGGUGUAUGUUUAUCAAAAAAAGAAAAUGCUAACAAACAAUAGAGCCCUGUUAAUAAGAAUUUGGAAAAAACCUUUUAAAAAACAAAGUUUUAUCAAGAAAAGUACAUGAAAGAGGUUUUUGAUUCUGAAAAAUAAGGUGAAACAAGAAUGAUAAAUGUAAAAACCUCACAAUCCACUGAUGCUGCGCUUAAUAAUUCCUUUUAAAGAAGGAAGGCCCUCUCAAAAAGUAGAAUCGGUUUAUCAACAAAGAGAAAAGGGGCGAUUCCCAUUCUCAAUACUAAGCAAGUUAGUCAUAAAGAUUCAUUUAAAUAAAAAUAUCAUAAAGUGAUAGGACUUUUAUUGUGUAAUUUAGAAUGUUAUUGUAGCCAAUUCAAAUUUGAGUGUAGUAUAGAAUAAUUAGAACCAUUGAGAAAGAAUGACGAGAAAGACCAAAGCUUUAUAAAGUGGUUGAAGGAAAAAAACAUUGAGCACGAUAACGUCGUUGGUGUGUAAGAGAUCUAGGUUGAUGAUCAAGAUUAUUAUGUAAUUUAUGAAUACUGGGUUGAUCAUUAAUUAAAAAAUAAAACUGAAUUAGAAAAAGCAAUUCUUAUUCAUUAAAUGAUUGAAUCGAUUCAGUAUUUACACGAAAAUGACAUGAGACAUAGUGCUCUGACAUUGAAUAGUUUUAAGAUGAUCAACUCGACUCCAUUUGGAGUGUUAAAAUUAAUAGAAUUGAAUCAAGUGCAUGAAGUCUCAGAACUAACACUUGAAAAUUGGAUGUAUUUGUCACCUGAGAGUCUUUCUGCUCUUGGGAAUAGAUCCAAAGCAAGAGAUGUAUGGGCUCUGGGAGUUAUUGCAUUGGAAUUGUUAAUGAAUGAACAUCCAUUUAUUGAUAGUUCUAAAGAUAAUUCAACUCGGAAAAUAUCAAAUAAGAUCAAGAGUUUAAGCAGAUAGCAAAUCGAAUAAAUGUUAAACAAUUAUCAUAAAGAUUUGAAGCAAUUGCUUUCUGGGAUGAUUUGCAUUGACCCUCUGCUUAGAUACACAAUAAGUGAUUGCAAAACCAAUCUUUGGCUGAAUACAUACGUAAAUGAUUAUAUACAGUCUUUGCAACAGCCAUUAUACAAUUUUGAUAAGCACCAAAAUAAUAGCUUCAACAAAAUCAUGGCCAGAUACUACUUGUUAAGAAUUUUAGAUUAAAAACAAUUUAACAUUCUUUUCAUAUUAUUUCAACAAAUAGAUUUAAACAGAAACCGUAUCAUCACUCCGAAGGAAAUAAAGAAUUAUUACAACUCUAUAUACUUGCCAUCAUCAUGCAAAGAUGAUUUAAUCAAUUGUUUAUAUUCGUUACCCAAAACAAUGGAAAUUGAAGUUACAGAGUUUAUUGGUUUAACAAGUGACAUAGGCGUAUCCAAACUAAAACAAUACUAUACGAUUCAUAAUCUUGGAGAUUUAAGAUUGAAUUGUUAUCUCAAUUAACUAAAUAUUCCUAAAAGAGUAAUAAAUUUAAUUACUUCUGAUUUCACUUUAUCAGAAUUGGAGUAGAUUGUAACUCUUGAUUAAUUUAUUUAAUAUAUUAUUUGA